ACACGCUGUCCGGUGCCUGCUGGACCCCUGCGUCGGUGUGUGUGUAUAUAUACUGUAUGUGUGCUCUGCUAUCGCUGUUCACCGGGCCGCCCAGCUCUGCUGGAACACUGAUUCAGAGGCUGAGGGGUGGCCUCUCACCGUCGGUAUUUCGUCUGAUGUUUCUUUUUUUGCACCACAUUGUCCAAGGAGAGCAAUAUGCAAUUUGAUAGGGAGCCUUGGAAUUAGUUGUCAAAUAAAAAGGCUACCGUUGUUAUCGUCUACUAAAUAGACCUGGCUUCUUCUCACCCGAUUGCUUUCUUCAGCAAAGAUGGAUUGUUAAAAAAGAAAAGUACAGACUAUGAAUUCUGUGCCACAUGAACUGUUGGCUUAAAGGCAGUUUGUCCAUCAAUUAUUAGCCCCAAAACGUCUGACGCUGGGAUGUUAAGCUUUAGCCUGGACCUUUAAUGGCUAGAGCACAGUGCUCCUGUUAUUUAUCCAACUAUUUAUACGUGGAGAGGGAAAUAAUUGUCAGUUUGAGUUUAAAUUGGCCAUUCAUACUAUAACUAUAUACAGUGGGUGGAUAAUAUUGGUCAUAUUGAUCAUUCACACGUACAAACCAUUCAGUAUUUUAUUUCUCAAGUGGCAAUUUUCAUGGGAUCUUAUUAAAUUGUUAUUCAGUUCUGUAUAUUACAUGCAAGUAGAGCACUUUGAUGCAAGCACACUUUUUUUUUAAUGUAAAUUGACCUUAUCCAAGUGCAAUGCUGCAAAUGUGUAUUUUAUUGUUCAUGUUUCUUAAUUUAUGAAGUUCCUUUCUUGGCAUGUUUUAAUAAAAUGAUCCUAUCCAUUGAAAUUGAUCAGGUUUUUUUAUUUUAUGAGAAUGAAAAAUAAAUUGAUUGUAUUAUUUUGCAUUUGCUGUGUGGAACAUUGCCCUCUAGUGGACAUACAAGUAUACGUCGGAAUUCCCUAAAGCCAGUUAACAAAAAAAAUAUUGUUGGGCGAAAUUUAGCAAACCAAUGACAAAUUAUAGGUGGUCAACUUUCAACCUGUUUCUGCAAAGUUUCACUGGUAUAGUUCAGCAAAUGUAAAAGUUACACAGUGAGUCAUUCUACAAGAUUGACUUCGGAUAAGUGCCGUCGGGCAGAAGAAAACGACCAAUGCUGCCCAUUUACAGCAGUCUGGGCGUUCCAGAGAGGUGAUGCUUUAAAACGAGCGCGCACAACUUCGGUUUGUUCAUGAGAAACCAACUUAUUACUUGACUCUUCUUAAAGCAUAGGACGGGACGAACAACCUGGUUCUGGAAUUAGUUUUGCAGAAUUCGCAGCGUGCUCGGGAUAUUUUUCUUUGUUUACGUUUCGGAGGGCAAAUUUGUAACGUUGAAAAAAUGUUUCCUAGAGUCGGAUUGAAGCUGCAGAAUCGUUUCUUUUCUAGGGCAGAACGGGUCUUCAGACCACUGAGACAGCCAGGUUCACUCGUUCAAAGAAGUUGUGGCAUCUGCGUGGAGAGCCGACCGAGCGUCCCCGCCCUCACCACCAGCUACGCCCACGGCACCUCCAGCCGCUCCCUGCGCCACAGCACCAUCGGCGAGGCCCUGCUGCAGUCGGUGGAGCGCUGCCCGGACCGCGAGGCCCUGGUCUUUCUGGAGGAGGGGAUCCGGAAGACCUUCGCCGAGUUGCUGCACGAUGUGGACCAGACCGCUGCCGGCCUGCUGGCCCUGGGACUGCAGAGGGGGGAUCGCUUGGGCAUGUGGGGGCCCAACAUCUACGAGUGGCUCCUGUAUCAGUUUGCCACUGCCAUGGCCGGCAUAAUACUGGUGUCAGUGAACCCGGCCUAUCAGGUUUCCGAGGUGGAGUAUACGUUGCGAAAGGUGGAGUGCAGUGCCGUGGUCUGUCCGACAGCCUUUAAGACUCAGCAAUACGUAGAAAUGCUGAGGACGAUCUGCCCAGAGAUCGACUCCUGCACCCCGGGAGACCUUAAGAGCGCAAAGCUCCCUCACCUGAGGUCGGUGAUCGUCACGGACAGCCGCUACCCCGGGAUGUUCCACGUGGAUGACGUGAGGCAAGCUGCCGGCAGCGAGCACACCCGGCUGCUCCAGGACCUGCAGAGGAAGCUCUGCGUCGACGACCCAAUCAACAUCCAGUUCACCUCGGGUACCACUGGGAUGCCCAAGGGAGCCACAUUGUCCCACCACAACAUCAUCAACAACGUCUGCAUCUUUGGCGUUCGCAUGGGAUACACCUGGAAGCCCAAGGUUCGGAUAUGUCUGCCCGUGCCCAUGUACCACUGCUUCGGCUCGGUGGGCGGGGGGAUGUCCAUGGCGGUGCACGGCACUUCCCUGGUCUUUCCCACCGCUGGCUACGACGGACGGGCUAACCUGGCUGCUGCCGAGAGUGAAAAGUGCACCUUCAUCUAUGGCACGCCAACCAUGUAUGUGGAUAUGCUCUCCCACUACACGCCCGCAAAGUACGACUUAUCCUCAGUGGAGGGAGGCAUCAUGGCCGGGGCCCCUUGUCCACCUGAGGUUGUGAGGGAAGUCAUUUCAAAGAUGGGCAUCAAACAGAUUACACUGGGCUACGGUACGACGGAGAACAGCCCUGUAACUUUCUGUGGGGACCCCCUCGACAACGAGGAGAGGAAGGUGGAGACGGUGGGCUACAUCAUGGACCACGUAGAGGCGAAGGUCGUGAACCCUUCCACUGGGGUGAUCGUUCCGCUGGGGAAGACCGGGGAGUUGAUGAUCCGGGGUCACUGUGUGAUGCUGGGUUACUGGAACGACGAGGACAAAACCAGGGAGUGCAUCUCUCCGGACGGCUGGUACAAGACCGGGGAUAUUGCCAGCUUGGACGGCUACAGCUACUGCCGUAUUGAGGGCAGAAUCAAGGACAUGAUCAUACGCGGCGGAGAGAAUAUCUAUCCAGCAGAGAUCGAGCAGUUCCUCCACACGCAUCCCAAAGUCAUGGACGCCCAGGUGGUUGCUAUUAAGGACCAGCGGAUGGGAGAGGAGGUCUGCGCCUGCAUCAUGCUCAACGAAGGGCAGGAAUGCACCGCAGAAGAAAUCACAGCGUUCUGCAAGGGCCAGAUUGCCCAUUUCAAGAUCCCAAGAUACGUGAUCUUUGUAGACCGCUACCCGCUCACCGUGAGUGGAAAGGUUCAGAAGUACAAACUAAGCGAGCAGGCUGAGAAGUUGCUCGGACUUUGAGUACCUUAAACAGGAAUCUUAUCAGCUGGUUGGAAUACCCGAUAUUGGAACAGCUCCUUCCUGUUCUGUUACCAAAGGAGUUCUCUAUGAAGAGAGUUCAGGAGCCACCCAUUGCAUCAGGACAUUUUUAAUGCAAUAUUUUAACCGUCCAAAAUAAUAAUCAAGCCGUCCAAUGAGGGACGGAUAAAGCUGUUUGUGAUGAUAAACAGGAAGUGCAAACCAAAGUUUUAAACGCACUAACAAACAUCAUACCACCUCGAAUAUGAAUACUAAUGUUUAGACUGCAUUAGAAAUUCUUCAUGACUAUUUUAAAUGUAUAUUAUAAAUAUAUUUAAACUCUUAUUUGCAAUCUUUACAUUGUCAGUCCUUUACGAGUUUACUCAAUAAAAACAAUGUUGAAAUAUUUUAACCCUGACAUUUGAUUUCACUGGAAUAAACACAGCUUUUAAGACCAUUAAUUUAAAAUGAGGACGUUUAGUUGGGAAAUAAAUCUUUAAUAUGAAUCUACGAAAAUUGUCUUGCAGAGAAGGCUGCUUUGUCGCCCUCAUGUGGCAAAUAAUCACAUUGACUGCCCCAGUCUUACCAAAUUACAACAUCCCAAAGUAACAACUGAUUCAGUAUUCACUUGUAUAUUCAAUGUUUGACACAAUAGAGUAGCCUUCC